CAAAACUUCUCUCAUAACUUGGUUUUCUUUCCACACUCAACUCACCAUGCCUUCACUCUCAGAAGCCUUGGGAGCUUACCCGGCCCCACUCCGUUCCUCACACAUCGACUUCGACUCGGUCCAAAAAGUACCUGACUCGCACAACUGGCCCCGGUCAGGCGAGUACCCAUCAUGCGACUUGGUUGGUGACUCAGUUCCUAUUAUUGAUAUGGUUGACCCAGAUGUAGUGAGUCACAUGGGUCAUGCAUGUGAGAAAUGGGGUGUAUUCCAAAUCAUAAAUCACGGCGUGCCGAUGAGCCUUCUCCAGAAGGUCGAGUCGCAAGCGCAACGACUCUUCUCGCUACCGAUCGAGCAAAAGCUCAAGGGAAUACGUGGGUCUGACCAAACAGGAUAUGGCAUCCCUCCCGUUUCUUCCUUCUACUCUAAGUACAUGUGGGCUGAAGGCUUCACAAUCGUUAAGUCUCCGGUCGACUCGGUUCGCCGAAUUUGGCCUGAUGGCUACCAAGAAUUUUGCGACGUGAUGGAAGAAUACAAGAAGGAGAUGAGAUUGCUGGCUACUAAACUUCUUUGGGUGAUGCUGGCCUCACUAGGCAUCACCAAAGACAAUGUCCCAUGGGUGGGCUCCACCGGUGAACUUGAAAAAGCAGCCAUAGCCCUACAAAUGAACUGGUACCCAGUCUGUCCAGAGCCAGAUCGUUGCAUGGGGUUAGUCGAGCACACUGACUCACCUCUCAUCACCAUCCUUCUACAAAGCAGCAACAUCAGCGGACUAGAAAUCCUUCUGGAGGACAAUGGCCAGCCCAAGUGGGUGACCGUACACCCUAUCGAUGGCGCCCUAGCCGUCAACGUCGGCGAUCUUCUCCACGUCUUCACCAAUGGACGGUUCAAGAGCGUUCUGCACCGUGUGCUCGUUAACCACACCCGCCCUCGCUUCUCCAUCGCCCAUUUCUUGGGCCCACCUACUGGUGCACCAAUCUCACCAUGUCCGAAGCUGGUGGGCCCAGAUCGCCCCCCGCUCUAUGGUUCAGUGACUUGGGAUGAGUACAUCAGCGUCAAGGCAAAGCGUCACAAUGAGGCCCUCUCUUCGAUUCGUCUACCUGCAUCACCGUUGAAAGAUCACAACCUUGUGGAGGCAAUCUAGGGCUGUGAUGCGAUCUCUUCAAGUCUAAUUUCAUUUCUCUUGAUGCCU